CCGUGGGCCAUGGCAGGCGAGGACCACCAGUGGCAGGGCAGCAUCCUCUAUAACAUGCUUAUGAGCGCGAAGCAAACGCGCACGGCUGCUGAGGCGCCCGAAGCGCGGCGGGGGGCUCCAUGCUGGGGCUGCUCGUGCGGCGCUGAGCCCGCGGUGGGCAGAGAGGGGCUGUUUAGCGGGAGGGCUAUGACGCUCCUGUACCGCUGUUGCUUUUGCGGUGAAGACCACCCGCGGCAGGGCAGCAUCCUCUUCAACAUGCUCACGAGCGCAAAGCAAAUGCAAAGGGCUCCGGAGGCGCGGCCGGGGGCUCCGUGCUGGGGCUGCUCGUGCGGCGCUGAGCCCGUGGUGGGCAGAGAGGGGGUACCGGGCGGGCGUGCAGUGGCGCUCACGUACCGCUGCUGUUUUUGUGGUGAAGACCACCCACGGCAGGGCAGCAUCCUCUACAGCUUGCUCACGAGCGCAAAGCAAGCGCACGUGGCUCCAGAAGCGCCCGAGGCACGGCCGGCGGGCGAGUGGUGGGAACGCUCCAAUUGCUCGCAGAGGCUGCGUGGUAGAGAGGGGCUACUGGGCGGGCGGGCCAUGUCGCUCCUGUACCGCUGCCGCCUUUGCGGUGACGACCACUCGCCGCAGGGCAGCAUCCUCUACAACAUGCCCACCAGAGCAAAUCAAACUCGCGCGGCUCCAGAAGCGCAGUCGGGGGCCCCCUGGUGGGACACCUCGUGCGGUGCCCAGCGGCCGGUGGCUCUCAAGAGUCCACAGGUGGUCUGCGAGGCAGCCUCAGCCGGCCUGUUGAAGACGCUGCGCUUCGUCAAGUACUUGCCCUGCUUCCAGGUGCUGCCCUUGGACCAGCAGCUGGUGCUGGUGCGCAGCUGCUGGGCGCCCCUGCUCAUGCUCGAGCUGGCCCAGGACCGCAUGCAGUUUGAGACGGUGGAGACCGCGGAGCCCAGCAUGCUGCAGAGGAUCCUCACCACCAGGCGGCGGGAGACGGCGAGCGACGAGCCACUGUCCCUGGCCACACUGCAGCCACAUUUGGCAUCCCCGCGGGAGACCGGGCGGUUGCCCUCUGCCGCCGAGGUCCAAGCCAUCAAGGGCUUCCUUGCCAAGUGCUGGAGUCUGAACAUCAGUACCAAGGAGUACGCCUACCUCAAGGGGACCGUGCUCUUUAACCCGGACCUGCCAGGCCUGCAGUGCGUGAAGUACAUUCAGGGACUUCAGUGGGGAACUCAGCAGAUCCUCAAUGAACACGUCAGGAUGACGCACAGAGGACACCAGGCAAGAUUCGCAGAACUGAAUAGUGCCCUUUUCCUGCUGAGGUUCAUCAAUGCCAAUGUCAUUGCUGAACUGUUCUUCAGGCCCAUCAUUGGCACAGUCAGUAUGGAUGAUAUGAUGCUGGAAAUGCUCUGUGCGAAGUUAUGAAGGCAUGUGAGCCACAGAGUACAGUUCACCGUGAAGGAAGAAUAAAGAGCUGUGGGUAGAAGAGUACAAAAUGUUGUAAAAUAAACUUUCUUAUUAUUUUUA